CCUGGCUCCGCGGGCACGGGGUGAUGCCGGAGAGACGAUGAGCCAGAGGGACACGCUGGUGCAUCUGUUUGCCGGAGGAUGUGGGGGGACUGUAGGUGCAAUUCUGACAUGCCCACUGGAAGUUGUAAAAACAAGACUGCAGUCCUCCUCGGUGACACUGUACAUCUCUGAAGUUCAACUCAAUACUGUAAAUGGAGCUAGUGUCGGCCGUGUGGCUAGAGUCUCCCCCGGACCUCUCCAUUGCCUAAAGAUGAUCUUGGAAAAAGAAGGUCCUCGUUCAUUAUUUAGAGGCCUUGGCCCUAAUUUGGUGGGAGUGGCCCCUUCCAGAGCAAUAUACUUUGCCGCAUACUCAAAUUGCAAGGAAAAAUUGAAUAAUCUAUUUGAACCAGAUUCCACCCAGGUACACAUGACCUCGGCAGCAAUGGCAGGUUUUACUGCAAUCACAGCGACCAACCCCAUUUGGCUAAUAAAGACUCGGUUGCAGCUUGAUGCGAGGAACCGUGGGGAAAAGCGAAUGAGUGCUUUUGAAUGUGUUCGUAAAGUGUAUCAGACAGAUGGACUUAAAGGCUUUUAUAGGGGAAUGUCGGCUUCAUACGCUGGCAUAUCAGAGACUGUUAUUCACUUUGUUAUUUACGAAGGUAUUAAACAAAAGCUACUGGAAUAUAAAACUGCUUCUAAUGUGGAUGAUGAGGAGGAGUCUGUGAAAGAAGCUUCAGACUUCGUUGGAAUGAUGUUGGCUGCGGCCACCUCCAAAACAUGUGCCACAUCCAUAGCAUAUCCACAUGAAGUUGUGAGAACAAGGCUACGGGAAGAGGGAACAAAAUACAGAUCUUUCUUUCAGACACUGUCUUUGGUGGUCCAAGAAGAAGGUUCUGGGUCUCUCUAUCGAGGUCUAACAACUCAUCUGGUCAGGCAAAUUCCAAACACAGCCAUAAUGAUGGCCACCUAUGAACUGGUAGUCUACUUCCUCAACGGGUAGCGACAUUCUGCUGCUGUCCUAAGAAGGUGGAAGACCAAAAGAUGUAGUGGACCAUGAAAUGUCAAACCAUUCUGGAGGACAGAAGAAGAAAAAAAACAAUCAUUCGGGAACAUGUAUGGAAGAUCGAUAGCGGCAACUAAAACAAUUCUUCUGCCUUAUUUUGAUCUUUUUGGCAAUGUUACACAACAUGGUCCACCCUGACGGGAAUGCCUUUAAAACACCCCAGAUUUUGAAAUUGCUAUUUUCUCUCUCUGUUACCCUGACCCAGUAUGGUUCUGGCUCUGCUUGGGAGAGUGGGAGUGGAUAGCAGCCAGCUGUAACAUCAAGGGUGCCUCUCCACUCUCCUAAGUGAUAGCCUCUUAAUUUGACUUAUAGGGAAUGGGAGCCUGAGGAAGGUGGGGCUGACUAGAACAGGAUUUCCAGCUCUCUGAUUCCGUUUAACUCCUUGUGAAGUUACCAGUGAACUAAGUAGUUACUCUUCCAAAGUACUACGUCUUGCAUUGCACCGUACCAAAUCUGGCCCAGGAAUCUAAAAGUGGAUUUUUUCUCACUAGCCUCUGCCAUUUCUGGCCAUUUACAGUGAGGCAUCUAAAGAGUAUCACGUGCCCCUUAUUGUUGGAGUGCUUUGGUUUAUAGUUCUGCCAGCUACUUACAAUUGUGGUUAAGCAGACAUUUAAUUCCCUCCUAAAUGCAUAUGUAAUUCCAAAGGUAAUUGUACUUGGAGUAGAUUAUAGAUCCACCUAAUUUGAUGGGAAUUGAACCAAAGAAACCGUAGGAUUUAACACAUACUAAAAUCCUCACACAACUACAAAAGAAGGCAAGAAGCAUUCUGCCUUUGAGGGAACCGUGGCUACAAAGCUAUUUUCAUUAUUCUUCCUGAAGAGCUUACCCUAAAUCAUGACUGUUCAGUUAAGAUGACUGAAUUCAAAGGGGUUGUGGGGGGGAGAAAUAUUUUACCACAGGUAUAUUUUGUGAUUGAUUGUUCUUAGAACUGUUCCUGUUUCAUAAGAACAUAAAGCUGUAAUUCAUUUUUUGGCGACUCUAAAUUAAACCCAAUUGAAUGAGAAAAUAAUUGAGACUUUUGUUUAAGCAUUGCCUUUAAAAGAAAAUUGUGGAAUCCCUUCUUAAAGAGCAAUGUUUUGUGAAAUCCUAUAUGGCAGAAUAAGCAUUAUGUAAAAGAAGCCCCUCCAGUAUAUUGUCAGAUUCUUCAGGUGGGGUUUUGUAAAGGAUUUGGUUUUUGUAAAGUGACAUUUACCAACCAUGCGUUUUGUAUUUGAGAAUACAAAAAGACCUUACUUAUGCUAUCCUAAUUUACUAAGUGACAAAUCACAGAAAGAUAUGGAAGUUAAAUGCUCUAACAAUAUCAUAUAGCUUUUAAAUCUUUUAGAUUUCUGAAUUGCACCUUCUAAUACUUGUAAUUCGGUUAUUAUCUAUUGCCCUUAAUAGAAGUGUUCAUCAUAAUUUUGUGUCAAUAAACUUCUACCUAUGGAUGCUGCUACACUGGAUGACAAAAUAGUGCAAUUAAACUCCGGUGUGGUACUUCAGUAUACAUUAAACUGUGCAUUGUGUGCAAUGGCUUUAUAUUGAGAAUGACUCCUUAUGCACUUUGUGGCCUUUCCUUUUUGGCUUGUGAAUUUCUGUGUUCAGAUUUCAGAGUAAUGAUCAUGCGUGGUCAGAACUGUUCAAGAUAUCAUGGAUUCUUUGCAAAAAGCAGUGUGUUUGAAACCCUGCAGAAAAUAAGGCAUCAGGACCACUCACAUUAAGGGAGACCCUCUAAGUAAAGCUUCACAUAUAUCGAGCAAUUCAUUUUUUCUCUUGAGCACCAUAGUGACCCCUACGCUAUUAUAAAAUUUUGGAAAUUCCCUGUAAUAGCAAAGACGUUUCCUACUGCAGUCAUCAACGGGACACAAAGAUGUCUUAAUUCUUAAAAACACUGUGACAUUGUUAAAGUGUUUUCAUUGGAAAUACCUAAGUAUUCUUGGCUGUUAUGAGACCAAAAGUGAAUUAAUUUGCUUAGCCUUUUUACAUUGAAUACUCUAAGAUUUAGGUUUGACAAUCUUGUCUUGUGAAAAAGGAGAGCUCUUCUAUCUGAUGUCCACAGCCUGAUGUGUUUGACCUAACCUUUCUGCUGCUAUUGGUGUAGGGUCUAAUACAGUGCCAUUGUACCCCAAGGGUGUACAGUAUAGUAACUAUGAGGUAUUGAAUAUAUGUAUAGAAGUUCUUCCAGGUUUGCUAGUGGUCUCCCGGUUCUGGGCCAGGAUGUGAAAUCUGAAUUUUCCUCAAAAAUAGUAAACAGCUGUAUCCUAUUCAACAGGCUUGUGUUGACUUUUCCUUCAGGGCAUACACUUAGCUUUUUAAUGAAGUAAAAGUAUUGAGCAUACAAGAGAGGAAGAAAGGAUUUUGAUGAAUCUUGUCUGUAGUUACUAACAAUGCGAUUGAUUUGGAGAAGAGCACCUAAGAUUAUUUUCAUUGUCUAGUUUUUAUGAAAAUUGCAAUUUGGAGAGAUACAAGGUAAAACUAGGUCUGUAAUGUCUGUACAAAGAUCAAUUUAAAGUGUUUCCCAAAGACUUCAUAAAUUGUUUCGCUCUUUUGGUUUAUAUUCCUAAAGUAAAGGUUUUCUACUCAUCGUCACUAUUCAUUUGCUUCAGCUUUGAAGUCGGGCUUUUUCUGUUUCGCCUAUAUGAUUACUAGAAUACAGGAAACACUUAGUGUUCUAUUUUGGUAUCUCUUCCUAUAUAAUCUUCCCAGAAAUGGAAUUAAUUGGCUUACUAGCUGAUUGGAGUUAAAAAAAAAAAUGAAGAGAAAAAGGUCUAGAGAUAACACUGUAUUGUAGCCAGUUGGUGGUGCACUGGUUCAUAGAAUCUCACUCCGCAGAUUCCAAAUUCAAUUCAAGCCUAAUCCACUUUUAACUACAAUUGCUGGGUGUAUUAAUUCAUUCAGUUGUAUUUAUUGAGUGCUUACUGUGUGCAGAACACAGUACCAAGCGCUUGGAAAGUGCAAAGCCACCGUAAAUAAAAGCGCUGAAAAGUUCUCAUCCCAUUACACACUCUACUUUGAGAAACGAAAUGAUUAAAAUUGUGUCACCCCUCAAAUCAUCCAUUUGGAACUUGGAGGCCAUGGUAGAAUUUUAUUGUUAGAUCAGUCGAUUAUAAACAUGGAAUUCUCUCUGCCUUGACAUCCCAGGCACAUUGUGAAGCAGUGCUCUUACUAGGACCGGCUGAGUUGAAAGUGUUCUAUCUAGCUCUUAACUAAACUCUAAAUAUCAUUUGAGGGUUUUCUCGUAGUCGUGAACUACGACAAAGGUUCAUAUAAAUGGUGGAUGUUUUUAAGUUAUUUUAGAGUCAGUGAUUAAAUCAGCCAGCCCCUUCUCCGUUGAUAUUGUGUGCAGCUUGUUUACAUAAAUCCUCCAAACAACCUGUCAGUGACACCUCUUGGGCUGGUACAGUUUGACCUUUUUUUCCUUUUCAUUUUGAUGACAACUUAAAGCAUUCCUAAAUAGAUACAAUUCUUUCCUUCUUUAGAGUUCAAAUUAGAAAGCUUUGGAACUGUUCUUAAAGCACAAACAAUUGGACUACCAAACACGAUCUAAUUAAAUGUGUAGCUCUCCCUGUCCAUGCCCUUUUUUAUAUUCAGUUUUCUGUUUCAAGCAAGAUUUACAUCACUCCGAUUUAAAACUGCACAUCCUCUAUAUUAGGACCUGCUGGAGUAAAAUUCUCACCCUCUAAGAACUGAAAUCCUCUGACGGUAUGAGUUGGCGAUUCAGAAUUAAAGAAAGUGCUGUAAAUUGUGUGCAUUUACUCUGUAUUUGUUAUUUAGCUGAAUUUCUGGAUCAUAUUAAAAUUUUAAAAAUUAAAUCA